AUGGAGUCUCUUGUGAGGGGCCAGCUCGGAACCUUUCUGAAAAUCCAGGAGGAGAAGAUUUAUGUUCAGCACCGAAUUAGAGAGAACAAAGGACUGGUCUGGGACCUGCUGAGCCGUGGGAACGCUCACAUCUACCUGGCGGGAAAUGCCAAGCAAAUGCCGGCAGCAGUAGCAGAAGCCCUAAAAUCCGUGUUCCAGUUGGAAGGGGACCUGUCCCCCUCAGAAGCCGAGGAGUAUCUAACAGCCUUGGAAAGAGCCCAUCGCUUCCAGAUGGAAACCUGGUCGUAAGUCUGGAGCCGAGCCUUGGACUGCCUGCUCCUGGCCAUUCCCCCGCCCAGCCAAAUGCUUGUAGCUAUGUGGGAGUGUCCAGGCACAGACAACGUCCAAUAAACCCGUCAGCACCUUG